UAUAGUUUAUAAACUAUAAAUUGUAUUAAAUAAUAAUUGUAUAUUUUUGUUAAAACAGUAAUUUAAAAUAAGAUUAAAUUUAUCAUUUUAUUUUAUUUCAACGCCGUAAUAAUGAUUAGGAUCAAUAGAUACGAUUAGGUACUAGCAUUUAUAAUCAAUGGUACUAGUUACAAUAAAAUGUGAUUGUCACAACUCACAGGUGAUAUAAACGUAUAUAUGAAAUACGGGCGCAGAAAAUCCAAAUUAUUUAAGAUUAUAAAACAAGAUAUUGUGUGUAUUGUAAAACAUUCAUUUUACUGCUGUUCGUGCUCACGUAAAGUGUAUAAAAUGAGUAAAAGAAACCAAAUUCAAAAUUAUUUUACAAAGAGACAAAAGACUGAUGAUGUCCCCACUGUCCAAACACAAGUAACUAACGAAACUAACGAAACAAUUGAGGUUGAAAACAACGAUAUUAGUUACUGUUUAAAUAAAAAUGUGUGUGAUGAACUAAAAUUAAAAUUUUUAACUUCUCCUUGGAUGCCAGAUAAAAAUUAUGUAUUUCCAACAUCCACAACUUCAAAAAAAAAUCUAAAAUUUCAAUUUCACUGGUUUGAACGUUUUCCGUGGCUUGUUUACUCUACAAUUGAUAAUGGUGGUGCCCUAUGUAAAUACUGUGUAAUAUUUGGUCAAGAAUUCGGAGGCAAAGGCAAUAAUCAAAAACUUUCCUCUUUAGUAUUCAAAAUUUUUAAUAAUUGGAAACAUGCAAUUGAAGUAUUUAGUGAACAUUCUAAAAAAGAUUUUCAUAAAACCAAUGUUUUACGAGGUGAUCAUUUUAUAGCUAUCUAUUCUAAAAAUCAGCAAAAUAUUGCGCAAAAAUUAGAUUCAGCGCGUGCUGCACAAAUAAGUUUAAAUCGAAAAAGAUUAAUACCUAUAAUUGAAACUAUAAUUUUAUGUGGCCGGCAAGAAAUAGCUUUUCGUGGUACUAAUGAUUCCGGACCACUUUCAUCAAAAGAUGUCGAACCCGAACAAAAUGAUGGAAAUUUUCGUGCUUUAUUGCGAAUGCGUGUUUCAUGUGGCGAUAAAAACUUAAUUGACCACUUUGAAAAUAAUAAAUUAAAUGCUUUUUAUUUAAGUCCUCUAAUACAAAAUAAUUUUAUUGAAAUUUGCGGAAAAAUUAUACAGGAACAAAUAGUAGAAAAAAUAAACAAAUCAAAGUGUUUUUCCGUAUUGGUUGAUGAGACAACUGAUAUAUCUUGCUUUGAACAGUUAUCAUUAUGUGUGCGGUAUUUGGAGCAAAGUAUAGAUGCUAAAAAUGAUAUUACAUAUGUACUAAAAGAAGAUUUUUUACAAUUUAUACCAGUAUAUUCUACAACAGGACAAAAUUUGGCAACAGUAAUUUUAGAAAAUUUAAAAAGGCUCGGUGUUAAUAGUCGGUACAUGUUAGGACAAGGGUAUGACGGCGCAGCAUCUAUGAGUGGAAAUUUCAAAGGCGUACAAUCUGUGAUACGUGAAAAACACCCUGCCGCCCUGUACGUUCAUUGUAGCGCACAUUCUUUAAAUUUAGCACUAGCACAUUCUUCGAAUAUUCAUUACAUUCGUAAUUUGUUAUGAUAACGGGCAGAUCCCAAUUCAUUACAAAAUAUUGUAUUAAUAUAGAGUAAAAAUUCCCGUUUUUCCUUACUUUUUCUUUUGUUUUUCACGUUUGUUUUAAAAACAACCGUGAAUUUUUACUUUCGACCCCCCCAAGUACCAACUAAAACCACCUUCCUAUCAGAAAAGAUAAUGUUGAUGAAAAUCUAAGCGCGUUUACUGUCAUAAAAGGUAAAAUAAAAAGUAAAAAGACACACAUUAUUGUAAAUUCAAUACAUUUAUCACUCUGCUCAAAAUCUGGUGUCGUUUUGCUGUACUUACAGUAGGUUACAAGUUUUUCACUAUAAUGAAUGAUGUUAAAUUUUAAUUCAAUGAUAUAAUAUCAUUG